AUGAAGUUUUUCGUAGCUCUGGCUAUCGCUGCUGCGGCAACAUGUGCUUCUGCCCAAGAACGGAAGUGUGGUUCAGUCAACCCUCCUGCGGAUUUGAAAUUCGAGACCACGACUGAGCCCACGAGCGACAUCGUGGAGCGAGCGGCUCGCCGAGCAAGAUAUACCGUGGACACCUAUGUUCACGUUAUUACCUCCCAGAACAAAAGUGAUCUUUAUCCUCGAUCCAUGGUGGAGGAACAAAUGCGUGUUAUGAACGAAGCAUAUGCUAGCUCUCGUAUCGCUUUCAACACUAAGAGCAUCGACUAUACUGUCAACGAUGCUUACGCAAAGACUGUGGACGGACCUCUAGAGCUCGAGUACAAGACCAAGCUGAGAAAAGGAGGUUAUGAUGAUCUCAAUCUGUACUUCCUGAGCGAUCUUGGUGGCGGACUUCUUGGAUUUUGCUACUUUCCAGAACAGAGGCCAGAUGCCGAGCAACGCGUGCUUGACGGCUGCGUGAACCUCGCAGGAAGCAUGCCUGGCGGCGAAACACAGAACUAUAAUCUGGGAGCGACAGCCGUGCAUGAAGCGGGACACUGGUUUGGACUUUUCCACACCUUCCAAGACGAUGGACUGGGCUGUCAAGGCAAAGGAGACUACGUUCCAGAUACUCCGCAGCAGCUCACCCCAACAAGGGGAUGUCCAACAACUAAUCCAGAUACCUGUCCGAACCGUGGUGUUGAUCCGAUCCACAACUAUAUGGACUACUCCACCGACAUCUGCAUGAACCAGUUCAGCUUUCUGCAGUCACUGCGGAUGAGAGUCAUGUAUGCCACUCGAAGGAGGCCGAACCGGGACCGAAAGGCGUGAUUGAACGUGAAGGCCAGGAUUAUUUGGUCGGAACCGAAGAAGCUCGAUGAUUUCGAUAACCCUGAGCAGAGAACUAGAUGGAAAGAGGCGAGUAGUCCCGGCAGCCAAGAGUUUGGGAUAGAUGUAUGGCAACCAUAUCAGCAGAUCGUGGGAUCAGACUGUAGCCAUCGCAGCACACAUGAAAAUACUAGCGAGGGCUAGCUGGGCCAAAUGCGAACGAAUUGGAGGCAGGGAAUUGUCAGCAAAGGAGUUAGAACAGCGACUCAAGAACGG